UUUUCCAGCAGGCGCGCGCUGUGCAGUGUGUGGCGGACUUACGGUAAAGCUUGGACCCGCAGUGUCCACGGACAGAAUCAGGUGAUCCGCGACGAGCUACACGGACCAGCCAGCCCGGGGCCGAGCGUCCCGACCAUGCACGAUGUCAUGUAGCCAAUGUCGGAGCGCCAACGGUCCACAUUUCCGCCUCCAAUCGGGCCCGAGCUCGCCGCGCCGGUGCGGCCGCGUGACGAUGGCGCGUUAGGGCCGCCGGUGGCGCAGCAGCAGCGAUCCUUGUCGGUGUUUCCUUUAUGACCAAUCCCAUCCUCGCACACGACGACUGCUUUCAACAUGGGGCUGUGCUACAGUCUGCGCCCCCGGCUCUUCGGGGACCUGAGCGGGUCCAUCUCCAACGCCGCCUCGGACUCGGAGCAGCCGCUGGACGUCGCCGCCGCGCCGACCCGCGCUCAGGGAGCUCGCCCGGAGGACAGCGGAGGAUGCGGGGAGGCGUCGUCGCUACGCGGCGGCCCGGUAGUGCGCCCCGCCGGGGACCCCGGCCGGCCGCCAGCAGCCGGGGAGCACCGACGCGGGGAGACCACGGCCACGGACGGCGUGCUCAUCCAGAACGGAGGCGGCAAGGCGGCCAACAAGGAGCGCGGCCGCCGCCUGCAGUUGCCGCACAAGAGCAGCAGCCAGAAGCAGAAGAACUGGGACAAGCUGCUGCUGGAGGAGAAGGAGGCCGAGAAGGAGGCGAGGAAAGUCAGCAAGAACAUUGACAGGGCCCUCAAGGAGCUGAAGAGGGAAUACAAACAGACUCACCGGCUGCUGCUGCUCGGGGCUGGAGAGUCUGGAAAAAGCACCAUUGUGAAGCAGAUGAGGAUUCUCCACGUCAACGGCUUCAACGCAGAGGAAAAGAAACAGAAGAUCCAGGACAUACGGAAAAACGUAAAGGAUGCCAUAGUGACAAUAGUGUCAGCGAUGAGCACUUUAAUACCCCCUGUCCCGCUUGCCAACCCAGAAGACCAAUUCAGAAUCGAGUACAUCAAGAGCAUAGCACCUCUCUCUGACUUUGACUAUUCGCAGGAGGGGGAAGCCGGAGUACCCGGAGGGAACCAACGCAGUCACAGGGAGAACAUGCAGAGUCCACACAGAAAGACCCCUUGCCGGUGGAUCGAACCCAGGACCUUCUUAUUGUAAGGCACACACACUAGUUCCUGUUCCACCGUGCUGCCCUGAUUAAAGUAAUGGGGAAUGUAAAUGUCUUCUACAAAAGCCCCAAAUAUUUUUUUGAUUCAUUUUCAAUCAUUCCUUUGCUCUACAACAGUGGUUCUCAACCUUAUUUCAGUGAUGUACCCCCUGUGAACAUUAUUUUAAUUCAAGUACCCCCUAAUCAGAGCAAAGCACUUUUGGUUGAAAAAAAAGAGAUAAAGAAGUAAAAUACAGCACUAUGUCAUCAGUUUCGGAUUUAUUAAAUUGUAUAACAGUGCAAAAUAUUGCUCAUUUGUAGUGGUCUUUCUUGAACUAUCCUGAAAAAAAGAUAUAAAGAUAACUAAAAACUUGUUGAAAAAUAAACAGGUGAUUCACUUCUAAAUGCAGAUUUCUCCACAUAGAAGUAAUCAUCAACUUAAAGUGCCCUCUUUGAGGAUUGUAAUAGAGAUCCAUCUGGAUUCAUCAACAUAAUUCUAAACAUUUCUUCACAAAAAAAUACAUUUUCAACAUUGUUUUUGGAACAAAAACAGCUGUCAACGCUGAAUAUUGCAUUGUUGCAUUUCUUUUCACACUUUAUGAACUUACAUUCAUAUUUUGUUGAAGUAUUAUUCAAUAAAUAUGUUCAUAAAGGAUUUUUGAAUUGUUGCUAUUUUUAGAAUAUUUAAAAAAAAUCUCUUGGCAUACCUUCAAGUACCCCCAUUUGAGAACCACA